CCUAAACUGAACAGUAUAAAGUCGUACCAGGAGGAGGAGGAAUUCUCAAACUUUAUCAGGGAUUUUUUUCUCCAGGUGUAUUUGUAUUGUGACUAGACUGUUUCCUGGUUCGCAUCACAGCCUCAGUUUUAUUGAUGUGAAACCUACCUGCUGUAAUUCAGUUAUAACAGCGCUAUCGUCAUCAAAGGUAUUCAUGACGUAGAUGUCUCAAGUCAAUAUUUAGCCUAUACGGUGUGUUUCCCGCAUUUACCAACUUGUCGGCAAAAUAAGGAAGUCUUCGAAUUUUCCUUUGAUCUUGAGAAGAAGGAAACUGAAGCCUGCAUGUCAAUCAGUCUAUUUGCCAUGCCCUUCUCACUACGACAAGGCAAGUGGAAUCAUCUCGAGGGACCUGGGUGCUUUGUUUGUCGUGUAUCCUGGUGACGGGACCAGAUUUGACCCACAGGUGUGAACCCAUGGCUUACCUGGCCCAUACAGCCCAUCCACAGCUCGUUGGACUAUGGCUGGGCAGCAUAGGAUGGAUCCUCACCAUGGUGACCAUCGGAAUGGUCCAGUGGCGUGUGUGGGUGGUGGCGGACAUGAGUGUCGUCUCGUCUGGGCUGGCGUGGGUGGGCAUCUGGAGGGUCUGCUUCUACAGCCACACGGUGGUGACUUCGCAGUGUGGCCCCCUGUACUGCCAGAGGAUGGACAUCUCGGACCGUUUCAUUCCCAAGGAGAUCGCCGUGGCGCAGGUCCUGAUGCUGCUGGCCCUCGUGCUGGGACUCUUGGCGAACGCCAGCACGCUCUACGGCCUGAGGAACGUCUUCUUCGGCCUGGACAAGCGCAGGCCCAUCCGAGUGGCCUUCACGGCAGGUGGCCUCCUGCAUCUGCUGUCCAGCUUGUGCUCUCUUUUGCCUCUCUCCCUUAACCUGCAUGCCGUGGCCACCAAUCAGAACAUCAGCUUUCCGGAGAACUUUCACAUGCCUCCCACACCCUUGCAGCAGUACGUCGGAGUCGCCAUCAGGGUGGGCAUCAGCGCGGCUGUCCUGACCAUCGUCAGUGGGGUCAUGUUCCUCUGCUAUCAGUUCCCGGUCAGAGCGCACGCCAGGGUGGAGCCCUCGUGGGCAGAAGAAAGUAGCUCCAACGAUCCCUCUGCUGGACGGCCUCACUCUUUCAGAACGUACCUGGCGUGCCGGGACAACCCAGCCUUCCAGUCUCAGGAACAUGUCUAGUAGUACGGACCACCAGGAAAGAGGCAGAGGUAUCAAAAGAUUGACAAUGCAUCAUCUGUUUUAAUACUUUGCAGGAAAGAACAGAAACUGUCGUCUAAAAGGAGACACUUCUGGUAAUUGUUUUGAUGAAAUUGUGCACUUUGAGACAUUUUAGAGAAAAUAGUUUUGCACAGAGCUUGUGGUAUGCUUAUCUGUAGAACACCUUGAAUGUAAACCUGCACCUCAACCAAAGACUGAAUUGAGAUAUGUUAGUGAGAGCACUUUGAAUGCUUUGAAUGCCUUACUACAUGAAUGUGCAGCAUGACUGUAAAGCCACACAGAUAAUGCACUGAGUUUACAAGUUUGCUGCUCAAUGGCCUGACCUCUGUGGACCUGCAGCUGUUUGGGAAGUGGCAUACACACUUCCCUCCCCCCUACACUUUUUCAGUAGUCACUGUCAUGCAUUCCUUUUCUCAGUGGACUCAUGGGUGGGUAAUCAAAUUGACCGUUUGUUUAUGUCCAACUGUCCUUUUUCAUACCUACAGUGUAUUCCUACUGGAAAGCCAAUUCAUAUGUUAGAUCAGUGUUUCUUAACUGGUGGGUCAGGACCCAAAAGUGGGUCGCGGAACCGUUCUGGGUGGGUUGCGGAGCUUGUUGCUAAAAAAUAGAUCUAAUGUUGAAAUGUUUGAGAAACAUUGUAUGCCAGUCGUUGCCAUGGAUAAAGACAAUGUCUGUGUGACAGGUCAUGUUAGACAUCAUUUUGGUAAAUAUUUGAAGUAUGAAUUUACUUAUGUUGAGGACAACAAGUGACAGAAACCCCAGUGUCUGGUAUGCAGUGAAUUGCUGGCACAUGAGAGCAUUAAGCAUCAAAACUAAAGCGCCACAUGGAAACAAAGCACCCUACUGUCAAAAACAAACCUGUCGAAUCCUUUGAAAGGCUACACAUGAGUUGAGGACACAAAUAUGCCCAACAUCAGCAUGUUCCAAACAAGUACAGGUCUUACCUCACCGAAUCAGUUGGUUUCAACGCUAAAAUAUCGGUCGCGACGUAAUGAUCAUGGGAAUUUAAGGGUCUCAAGGCCAGACCAGUUAAGAAACACUGUGUUAGACUACAGUACAUGUGGAUAGUUAUUAUUAUGCAUUGGUCAUGAUCCAUAAAUAUGUUGUAUUAAAAUCUACCCUACACCCAGAGUAUCAAUAUAUGUUUGUUUCUUUCAAGCAUGUGGACACACUGUUUAUAUGUAAGACUGACAUCUACAAUGCUGUUAAGUUACAGUAUGUGUCUUCUUGUGGUUUGCAUACUUAUCAUUAGUCGCCUUUACAUGUAAAUACACAUCAAACACACUUAUAUGGAUACUUGUAUGGCACUAUAUUUCUUCAGUGUCAUUAAGGUAUUUUUUCGAAUUCUAAAGGAACUGAAAUCAGCAGCCUAAUAAAUUUGAAUUGCUUAGCACAGUUGCUUAACUCUAACUCUGUUUGACCAAGCAGUACUAAUGCAGUUCUGAGUUUAGGUCUUCCCCAUGAUUCCUGACCACAGUAGGAAACUCAAGUCCCCAGGAAUUAGCAAUAUAGGUCAUCCAUUAGUGAUUAACGUAUAGUUAAGAG